AUGACGGAUCGCCGAAAACCCAAGCGGUAUAAAAAUAUUCUUUCAUGGUUUACAAGUGAUAUUCCAUCAAGUGGUAGUGGGAAUGAAAUCGGGAGUGGGAGUGGGAGUGGGAGUAGAAAUGUGACUGAGAAUUCUGUGAAUGAUGUUCCUAUAAAUGAUUCUCCACCUAUUCCACUAGAAGAGUGUCGUGAUGAAAGAAUUGAGAUAGAAGAAAAUUUUGAUGCUACUUCUCUUGAGCGUGAUCCUGGAAUACAACUUCCAAUAUGUAAGUAUCAUUUGAAUGAGCGUGACAAUAUUCGAAGAGCUUAUGUGGUCUUAGGACCGUAUCAACCUCAGUUAAGCAAGUAUCCAUCUUCUUUUGAUGGAGGUCAAGGUCGAAAAUUUAAUGCCAAAUGGUUCAAAGAUUGGCCUUGGCUUGAGUAUUCCGAAGAGUUAGACAAAGCAUAUUGCUUCCCGUGUUUCCUCUUUGAUAGUUAUCCAUCCCACCAUCCAGCAUUCACUGAGUAUGGGUUUCAAGGUUGGAAGAAUGUUAUGUCCAAACAGUCUGGUAUUCUUGCUCACAUGGGAGGCAUAAAUUCCCCACAUAGUGCUGCCAUGCUCAAGUGGGAGACACUAAGAAACCCAUCUAAACAUAUUGAGAGAGUGAUUAGCACACAAUCAUCACAAGAAGCAGCAAAUAACCGAUUCCGGCUUAUUACUACUAUAGAGAGUGUAAGGUUGUUAGCCCACCAAGGAUGUGCUUUUAGAGGGCGUGAUGAAUCCAUUGAUUCAUCCAAUGGUGGAAAUUUCAAUGCAGUUGUGAAUUCUUUUGGAAGAAUGAAUAUAGAAGUUCAAAAAGUCUUAGAAAAUUCUCCUGGAAAUGCCAAGUAUACUUCUCCAGAAAUUCAAAAACAAAUUGCCAAUAUUCUUGCCAACAAAGUUAGAACCAAGAUUCGUGAGGAAGUGGGAGAUGCCAAGUUUUGUAUCCUAGUUGAUGAAGCAGUUGAUGCAUCUAAUAGGGAGCAAAUGGCUAUCAUUCUUCGAUUUGUUGAUUGUUAUGGGUUUAUUAGAGAACGGUUUUUCAAAGUUAUUAGUGUUGCAGACACUUGUUCUCAAACUUUGAAAAUUGAGAUAUCCAAAGUUCUUGCUCAAUAUGACCUUCAGUUAAAGGGGUGCAUGAUAUUUGGGAAUUUUUCUCUACUCUGA